AUGGGUCUGAGAAGUCACAAUGUGAUUGAUUUCAAUCUGCGCUGGAAAAAUGAGAACUCUGGGAUCAUCUUUAAGCGUCAGGAGCCAUCCAGGGUCACUGAGACUCCAGAUAGUCCAACAGUGAGGCUGGUCAACGGUCCCAACGGUCCCUGCUCUGGUAGAGUGGAGGUCUACCAUAGCGAACAGUGGGGGACAGUGUGUGACGAUGGGUGGGACUUAGGAGAUGCCAGUGUGGUGUGUAAACAGCUGGCUUGUGGAAAGGCUCUUUCAGCACCAAGUUACGCAACAUUUGGACAGGGCACUGGGCCCAUCUGGUUGGAUGAUGUCCGCUGUCUUGGAAGUGAAACAUCAGUAACAGACUGUGCACACCCAGGCUUUGGGAGACACAACUGUGGUCAUGGGGAAGAUGCCAGUGUUGUUUGUGAAGGAAAAAUUGAGCCAGUGCCACAGUAUCAUACACUGGCCAUAAGGACAACAGUGAGCUCUGAUGUGAAUCCUGCUGACAAGAACAUCAUCGAUGAAAUCCUAAAACAGUUGGAGAUGGACCUGAGAAAGAAGAACAUAACUAAUUUUAAUUUACGCUGGCAAAAUGACGAACAAGGCGUCAUCUUCAAGCAUCCGGAGGAGAAAGAAAAACUUCAGGUGGAAGUGGCAGAUGAAGAUUGCCCGUUUACAAAAGGAGGAGAGGAUUGAGCUGUAGCGAGGAAGGAUUUUAAUAGAUGC